UCCUUCUCUUUUACAGUCGCUCUCUCAAUAGCUUUCCCAAUUUCCCUCUCUGUUUGUCUUUUUGUCUACUUAUCGUAGGGAGAUUUCUGCAUUCUUAUAUCCACCGAGUCCGACUGAUCAUCAAAAGAAGACAAACAAGGUUUUAUAAAGAGAUAGUGCAGAGAAGAAAAACGCACCCAAUAUAAUGAAGAGGAGGUUAUGCAUCGCGUCCGAUGAUGAUGAUGAUGAUAAUAGUAGUAUGCCAAGUUGGUCUGGGAAGAAUAAUGGUAUUAAAGUAGACACUCUUCUGGAGAAGCUGAUUGAUUCUGUUCUUUUCUUCAACGAUAAGUUGGAGGGACUGAGUAACCGAGUCAAUACGCUAGAAGAAAAAGUGAACGAAGAAAUUAUGCUUGGCAGGAAGGAGAGGACUGAGUUCAUGAAUGAAGUGAAGUCAGAGUUGGCGAAACUAAAGAAAUCCCAAGAAGAGGAACAUACAGUAUUUGUCAAUUCUCAUCUAGUUUCAAAGUUAUCAAAUCUGCAAAAGCCGGUGGAAGAUAUAUUACCUGUGGAUAUUGCCAGCAGCAGUGAAGGGUGGAGUCCCGAGACUUUGGAUGUGCAGGAGCCCAGUGGGUGGGAUAAGAAUUCAGAUGUGCAGCAACCAAAUGAGGGAUUACGCGGUGGAACUAGUGGGCAGGAUCAGAAUUCAGAUGUGCAGCACCCAAAUGAGGGAUUACGCAGUGGAACAAGUGGGCAGGAUCAGAAUUCAGAUGUGCAGCAACCAAAUGAGGGAUUACACAGUGGAACAAGUUGGCAGGAUAAGAAUUCAGAUGUGCAGCAACCAAAUGAGGGAUUACGCAGUGGAAGCUGGAUGCCUGAAACUAGUCCUAUGGAUGUGCAGGAGCCAAAUGUGCGGGAUAAGCAUUUUAAUAAGCAGAAACCAAAAGAGGGAAAAUGCAGUGGAAGCUGGAGGCCUGGGUCUAGUCAUUUGGAUGUGCAGCAGCCAACUGUACGGGAUAAGCAUUUGAAUAUGCAGAAACCAAAUGGGCGUGGAAGCUGGUUAAAUGUGCAACAACCAAAUCAGGAUAAUAGUUAUUUGAAUAUGUCGAAUUGUGACAAAAGCAACAUCACUUCUAGUGAGGACCGUUGGAGGCCACCCGGUGAAAAUGUUACAAAAGUAAAUGUGGGUGUUGUUGUUAGCUCCUGGGACAGAGCUGCUUGUGGAGUCGUUGCAAGAGAUCAUUUGGCUGAGUUUAAAGGGUGUUGCACUGAAUUUUUGUCGGUCCAUAGCUUUGUGGAAGGUGAAGCCGAAGCUUUUCUUUCUGGAGUUAAAUUUGCUGUCAGCAAUGAUUUGAAAAAUGUUAUCAUUGAGGGUGAUGCUCAGAAUAUCAUUACAAUUUUAAAUGAUGCUAAUCACCCUGUGCCAUUUCGCAUUAAACCCGUGAUUAAAAAAAUCAGACAGCUGGCCAGCAGCAUUCGUUCCAUCAAGUUCAAAUUCAUCAAGAAAAGUGGCAACAUGGUUGCUCACACUCUAGCUAGCUAUGCCAAGUCCGACAGGGUUGCUGAAACACGGUUAUCCUCUCCCCCUCAUAUUAUUACGAAACUCUUAAAUGCUGAGAGCUGCUUGUGGAGUCGGUGCCAGAGAUCAUUUGGCUGAGUUCAAAGGGUGAUGCACUGAAUUUUUGUUGGUACAUAGAUUUGUGGAAGGUGAAGCCGAAGCUUUUCUUGCUGGAGUUCAAUUUGCUGUCAGAAAUAAUCUGAAUGAUAAUGUUGUUAUUGAGUGUGAUGCUCAGAAUAUCUUUACAAUUUUAUCAAGAAAAGUGGCCACAUGGGUGCUCAUACUCUAGCUAUGCCAACUCCAACAUGAUUGCUGAAAGACGGUUAUCUUCUCCACCUCCUAUUAUCAGGAAACUCUUAAAUGUUGAGAGUAAUUUUUAGGUUUUUUGCCUUCAUGUUUUCUGGUAUAUAAAAGACAGGAAAAGAAAGAAAGCGGCGGCUUCUGAUUGGAGUAUGGAUGAAAGUUGGAUAGUGAUUAAACUUAUGAUGAAUCUAGUUGUCUGUGUUUUAUUACUAGGUGUUGCUCCUUUCCUUUCUCCUUUUAAAGAAUGUUGGUUUUUGCUGUGGUCCUCCAGU